AUGAAACAGGGGCAGAAGAUGAAACCUAAAAGAAAAUUUGGAGAUAUUCUGAAGAAAAGCUUUAAAUUAAGGUCUCAAAAGGGUUCUAGAAGGUCUUCUGCAAAAUCGUUCAGCGUACCAAGGCAUGGAAAAACAAUUGUUUAUACAAAUUUUACAAAUUAUGAUAUGGUAGAUGCAAGUUUUCUUGUUGUUGAUACUAGGGAGGGACAUACAAGUGACAAUGAUCCUUUCUAUCAUGUUGAUAAUGAUGUCGUUCAUAAAAUCAAGAAUAUUAGGAGGACUGUUCCAAUUUAUGCUGCGGGUAGAGGAGAUGGUUGGCAGUCUGAUUACUUGACUCGUAAGCUUUAUUCUUAUCUUUUUGCCACUGCAAGACAAGCAUCUCUUUUCUUGAGCCGCUUCUUGUACCGAUUGAGCCAUUGGAGUCGUGACAGCCACAAAAGGCAAUUUUGGUUAAAGGCUAAACUAGUGGUUUCUGGUGAUAUUAAUGGACACCUAGAUGGUUAUGUCAUUUAUGGAGAUGGAGAUAUUAGGACGCUUGAAACCUAUUUUGCUAUGGAUAGUGGUGGUGAUUGGGCUAGAGAGGUGAUUAGGGAAAAGUAUCGUCCAUAUAUGGAUACUGAUUUUGCUGGUGAGUUAAUGUGCAAUGCCAUUUGCAAAGCAGCAUCCGAGGAUCUGGCUACGGGUGGAAGAAUACAUCUUAAAUAUGUGUCGGAAUUUGAAGUCAAUGACCAUUUUCCCUGGGUGAAUGCUGAAAGAAACAUCGAGUGGUUAAACACCUUUUUUUUUUUAUCAUCGCGUGACUUCUUAUGUGGUGUUCUAAAUUUUUUCUAG